CAAUCAACCUUCUCACGCCACCGCCAAACUUAAGAACUUUGCUAGGACACCUCCGCCUCUCAGGACGAUCCUCCUCCAUCUCUAUCCGCCACCGUCUCCGGCGUCGCAGACACAGCUCCAUUUUCAACAAAAAAGAAAAGAAGAAACAUUCAUGACACUCUAUCGUCGAAUUCCAAUCUUAUCCCUUUUUCUUCUCCGCUGGCUUCCUGAAGUGGUAACAGCGGCAACUGUUACACUUGAUUCGAUUGAAAUAUAUAACACUCAUGAAUUCCUGGGAUUGCAACCAACGGUUUUCUUUCGGUGUAAUGGGGAAAACCAGACAACUUUGCCAGAUGUGAAGGAGAAAGGUGUUUUGUAUAGAUUUAAAGGUGAAGAGUCCUGGCAGCCUCUUUCCGAACUCCAUAUGAAAAAAUGCAAGAGAUGUGGCUUUUAUGAGGAGGGUACAAUAAUGCUGCAUGAUAUAGAUGAAUGGGAGUUUUGUGCUUCUGAUUUUUCAAGUGUUGAUGGCAAAUACAUCCAUUUCAAGGAGAAAGAGCUCAAUGCAACGUUUUUGUGCCCAGAGUGUAUUCCUGUAGGUGCUCCAGAUGACUGGAGUCCUCAAAAUGAGAAAACAAAGAACAUGGCUUUAGUGGUGGGAAUCACUGCUUUGGUCUCGGUAGUUUUGGUUCUUGGUGUGGUAGCUUCAUACAAGUUUUGGCAGAGAAGGAAGAGGCUACAAGAGCAAGCGCGGUUCCUGAGACUCUUCGAAGAGGACGAUGAGAUUGCGGAUGAAUUGGGCAUUGGUCCUCUUACCCAUGUCAUUUAGAACUUCAUACAUGUUUUUAGAUAUGCAUCUCAUAAGCUAAUAGUCAGUUUGAUUUUGUAUAGUAAAAGGCAUGUAAUCUUCAAUGUAGUAAAAUGCGAGUGGCUAACAUACUAUGUAAAUAGAAACAAUUUACAGUAAUUGUUUUGGCACAACUCAGUAUAAUAAAGCAUAUUAUUUCAAACAA